GCGUGGUCACGUGGCCGCUGGUCACCGCCGCCACCUCCCGCCCCGUCCUCUGGCCAGUCGGGCCGGGCCGGCAGGUUCCACGAGAGCCCGGCAGACUGACGGGGAGAGAGAGAGCGAGAGAGACAGACAGACAGAGACAGACAGAGAGAAAGGAGGGGAGGAGGAUUCAGGGAGUAGGAGCUGGGGAGCCCUGCCGCGCCACAGGGCAUCUUAUUCUGGAGAAAAGAAGGGAGAAUUGUUAAUGGGAUUACAGUCUAGACCUAGACGCUACUGAGCUGAAAUUCUACUUCUGUUCUUUUGUUGAUGUCUUGGCCUGCAGUGACUCCAAAUCCCAUAAUCUUUCCAAUUUUCCCCUCUACUAAAAAAUUUGUAAUGGCUUGGUGAAGAUAGAAAAACCAUCAGAAAGGCUAAAGCACUCCCAUACUGUAAUCUUUCUCGGUGACUGUCUCUCCACUUAAUGAAAUGUAUCAGUCUGUGUCUGAAACUAGACAUCCUCUGCAAUCAGAAGAACAAGAAGUGGGCAUUGACCCCUUGUUCAAUUAUUCAAAUAAGUCUGGAGGAGAUUCAAGUCAAAAUGGAAGAAGAGCAAAUUCUACCUUAGACUCUGAAGGGACCUUUAAUUCAUACACGAAAGAAUGGGAAGAACUGUUUGUAAACAACAAUUAUUUGGCAACUAUAAGACAGAAGGGGAUUAAUGGGCAGCUGAGAAGCAGCAGGUUCCGAAGCAUUUGCUGGAAGCUUUUUCUUUGUGUUCUUCCUCAUGAUAAAAGUCAAUGGAUCAGUAGAAUUAAAGAACUAAGAGCAUGGUAUAGCAACAUUAAAGAAAUACAUAUCACGAAUCCAAGGAAAGUUGUUGGCCAACAGGAUUUGAUGAUCAACAAUCCCCUUUCACAAGAUGAAGGAAGUCUUUGGAACAAGUUCUUUCAAGAUAAAGAACUGCGAUCCAUGAUUGAACAAGAUGUCAAAAGAACGUUUCCUGAAAUGCAGUUUUUCCAACAAGAAAAUGUGAGAAAAAUUCUUACAGAUGUUCUGUUCUGUUAUGCUAGAGAAAAUGAGCAGUUGCUUUAUAAGCAGGGUAUGCAUGAGCUACUAGCACCAAUCGUAUUUACCCUUCACUGUGACCACCAAGCUUUUCUGCAUGCCAGUGAGUCUGCACAGUCCAGUGAGGAAAUGAAAAUUCUCUUGAACCCUGAGUAUCUGGAACAUGAUGCCUAUGCAAUGUUCUCACAGCUUAUGGAAACUGCUGCACCUUGGUUUUCUACUUUUGAGCAUGACUGUCAAAAGGGUAAAGAAACUCUGAUGACCCCCAUUCCAUUUGCUCGACCACAGGAUUUAGGGCCAACAGUUGCCAUUGUUACAAAAGUCAACCAGAUCCAAGAUCAUCUGCUGAAGAAACAUGAUAUUGAGCUCUACAUGCACUUGAACAGACUAGAAAUUGCACCACAAAUAUAUGGGUUACGAUGGGUGCGGCUGCUGUUUGGAAGAGAGUUCCCUCUGCAGGACCUGCUGGUGGUCUGGGAUGCCUUAUUUGCAGAUGGCCUUAGCCUGAGCUUAGUAGACUAUGUCUUCAUAGCAAUGCUGCUCUAUAUCCGGGAUGCUUUGAUUUCUAGUAACUACCAGACCUGUCUUGGCCUUCUGAUGCAUUAUCCAAUCAUCGGAGACAUACACUCACUGAUACUUAAGGCUCUCUUCCUUAGAGACCCAAAGAGAAAUCCAAGGCCAGUGACUUACCCGUUCCACCCCAAUUUAGACUACUACAAAGCACGGGGAGCCGACCUUAUGAGUAAGAGCCGGGCCAAUGCCAGGGGUACUCCCCUGAAUAUACAAAAGGUCUCCAACAGCCUGAUCAACUUCGGAAGAAAGUUAAUUUCCCCAGCCUCAGCUCCAGGCAGUAUGGGUUGCCCUGUACCUGGGAGCAACAGCAGCAGUUCUUUUUCUUCCGCCAUGCCCACAAGGAACUCCACAGAAACCACUAGGCAUCAUUUGCUGCUGCAGCAGCAGCAACAACAACAGCAGCAGCAACAGCAGCAGCAGCAGCAGCAGCAGCAGCAACAGCAGCAGCAACAGCAGAGACUGAUGAAAUCUGAAAGCAUGCCAGUACAGUUGAACAAAGGCGACGUAGUUACAGGAAGCGAUGUUCAGGUUUCUGUUCCUGUCCAGGCUCUAACUGACCUCCAAGGGCAAAGUUCUAAAACGAUCAGUUCAUCUCCAAGCACUGAAAGUUUACCUGGGGGAAGAGACUCCACCGGCUCUCCACCCUCAUCGGCUACUAAAAAGGAUUCCUUUUUCAGCAACAUCGCUCGUUCCCGCUCGCACAGCAAAACCAUGGGCAGAAAAGAGUCUGAAGAAGAAUUGGAAGCCCAGAUUUCAUUCCUGCAGGGACAGCUGAAUGAUCUAGAUGCCAUGUGCAAGUAUUGCGCAAAGGUCAUGGAUAUGCAUCUUGUAAAUAUUCAAGAUGUGGUAUUACAAGAGAAUUUGGAAAAAGAAGAUCAAAUUCUGGUUUCCUUGGCAGGAUUAAAACAGAUCAAAGACAUUCUGAAAGGCUCCCUGCGCUUCAACCAGAGCCAGCUGGAGGCUGAGGAGAAUGCACAGAUCACCAUCGCUGAUGACCACUACUGCUCCAGUGGCCAGGACCAGGGCAACCAGGUUCCUAGGGCCAGCAAGCAGGCCCCUUCAGAGAUGUCAGCGUGCACCGGUGGGGUGACCUCAGAUGACUUCAUCCUGGUUUCCAAAGAAGAGGAGGGACGCAGUGCCAGAGGGGCCUUCUCAGGCCAGGCCCAGCCCCUUCUCACCCUUAGAAACACAUCUGGGAAAAGUCGAGUCCCAGCCUGCUCCCCACUGGUGUUCUCAGACCCACUGAUGUGCCCAGCCUCAGCUUCCUCCAGCAACUCCAGCUCCAGCCCCGAUGACGACAGUAGCAAGGACUCUGGCUUUACUAUUGUGAGCCCCUUGGACAUCUGAAUACAGGGACUCUAGCAAUGGAGACCCUACUGAACCAAUGUUUCUUUCCCAGCAUGCCUUUCACAUUGGUUCAACCCACUGGAACUCUUCAGUGCACUAUGUUCACUAAAAUGCAAAUAGAGCUUUCCAGGCCCUUACCUGACCCUUUGACCCUCACUCUGAAUUAGGACUAGGUCAGGUACCCAACUCCAUACUUGCCGUCAGACACACCAGACACAACUAGAGCCCCAUGUCUUCCACCCCUCCUCCCAGCAGCUCUGUCAGUUCCUCUAGAAGGAAAAGCUGGUCCAAGACCCUUCUUAUCAAGCUUCAUCCACAGGAAGAUUGUUGGUACUGUGUGGAAUUUGGGUAGGCAGCCUCCCUCCUGCCUUGGGAGCCCAACCACAGACUCGGCUACAGCAGAACAAGUGAGCAGCUCCCAGGGCUGGGUCAGUGAGCGUCAGGAGCAGGCUCUCAGAUUAGGAAUCAGAUUCUGGUUUGGCACGAAUACAUUUCUGGGCCCUAAGCUGAAUAAACUUCAACCACGCACUGUUGCUCCCUGACAACUGUAUUUCACAACCAGGAAGCUAGGUGGCUGUGAGCCAGUCUGUGCUGUGGUAGCUUUAGGUGUCCCAGGGCUGAUGUCCUUGAAUUGGAAAAUGUGUCCAAAGCUCUACUGUCAGAUUUCUGAGCAUGUUUCGGAUCUACAGCGGCCUGUUGAGUGAGGAGCACAGAGGAAAACCACAUUCACACCUCCCAGAGCCAGAUGCCCCUGGGAAUUAGACCUGGAGUCCCUUCUGUGGGAGCAGGCUUCCUAAAGAACAUUCCAGGUGCCAUAAGGAUGCUCCUAUUAAGCCCCCCGCCACACACACACACACACACACUCUCAGUUGUCAACUCUGCAUCCAGCCGCCUGUCCGGUGGCCCCGGCCUGCGCUGGGCAUAGGUGAGAUAGCUCCUCUGUUGGCAGAGUACAGAGCUGGAUCAGACACAAAGCUAGGGACAGUGAGGUGCUGACAGAUGCUGCACCUUCUACCUCUGCUUUCUGUCCUUCUCAGAGAGCAGCAGAGCCUCUGGACAGUGUCCUUCCUAUAGCAUUGUAUUUCUCUGCAGAUAAGUUUGCUAAUGUCACGAUGCUCACUCCAUUUUGGAAAAUAGGGACACCCAAAUCAGCUGCUGUGUGGGCUUCUCCUUAGCUGCACUGGAUAGCAGGGCUGAUGGCUCACAUGGCAAGGCUCAGCCGGUUCCUGAUGAGCUCUGCCCACUCCUCUGCUGCUACCACACAUGUCCCAUGAAGACACUGUAAGAACCAGGGCUACUAUACAAGCAUCCAUCUCCCGAGGGAAGGUUGGCAUCAGCCCCUUUACUUGAAGGCUUGACUUACGAUAGUGUCAGUACCCUUAGACCUAAGAUAGGAAGCAUUGACUCAUCUCUUCAGGUCUGGGACAGUGCCAGCCAGGAAUGUUAUUGGCACCUACCAGUCCAAGAGGGUGAUGGGCUGAUUCCUUGCCAUUUGAAUGGGCAUUUGACGGGCGGCUUCAAUCUACCUGCCCAUGCCCAAGGCAUGCCCCCCUUUAUCCUGUGCUUGUGUGGGUGCCACUUGAGAACUCCUGGGUUCACACUGAAAUGUGUGGUGCCCAAUCAGGCCACUCUUUCCUUGGAAGAAACAGGAAUGGAAAUUCUAAGUGACUCCAUUCUUCCUUGUUGAACAUUGCUUCCCCUUCUGUUACGUACAUUGCUGGUGUGGAAUGCAUUCCUUCCCUGUUACUUUAUCAGGUACUUCUGUCGAAUUGCACAUUUUAAAAUCCUGGAGAUAUAGAACCUUUUCCUUUAACCACAUUAAUCGUUAGUUUUAAUCUCUCACAUUUUGAUUAUAGCAGCUAAAUACAGUUUUAUAUAUGCCAAGCUUAGAUUAAGCCCCAUUGUCAUCUACUUUUUUUUAAUACAUGUUUCUAUGUUUCGUGUAGUCCUCUCUGAUCAGAUUGGACAUGUGAGUUAAAACAUACCUGUGUGCUACACAGAGGGUUACAGACUUGCCUUGUCUUACGGGGGUGCCUCAGUUUGGUUUGUGGGACCUUCCUGGUUUAGUUUGGCAAGAUGACCUGCGGUUCUGCGCUAACUGCAACUUGAAAAGAAAUGACCACACUGCCAUAUGACUCUGGAAGGCAGCCUCCUCCCUGUCACCUGCUUCCUUUCAUAGGGGUGAAUCUGAGCACGGGGUCGGCUGUGCCAGACAAGCGUGCCAGUAGUGCCUUUAGUGUCAGAAAAGCGGGGCAAAUGCAAAAAUCUAGCUCUAACCUGCCAGUGCAGAUGCAGGUUGCUUUUUGCCCUGUAAAAGCUCUCCCAGUGGCCACGAAAGAACAGAGCGAGGUGCACCUGUGAGCGGGGUGCAUCAGCUGUGGCCCUGCAUCGGCUAGGUCCAUCUUCCUUCCCUGGAGACACAGCCCUGGCCUCUGCACUUAUCCGGAGCAGGAACUGCUGGGAAAUGGAGCCUGGAGAAGAGACCACAUGCGUGGAGAGCUGUCACACCAGGCCUUUUCACAGAUCACACGGCUUCCUCUGUCGGGCUCAAAACUGUUUUUGUCUUGUUGAAAAGAAAUAUCAAGUUCUAUAUAGCCA